UCCUCUCUCUCACUCUCUCUUCUCCUCUCUCUCACGCGGAAGCGAACUCGCGACGAGCGAAGCGAACGAGACAGCAAACCCUAGAAACUUAGUGGCGACCACGGCCGCCAUGACGGUGGAUCGGAAGACGGCGAUCAUGCCGCCGCCGGUGGAGAUGCCGCCCGUCCAGCCCGGAAGAACAUUUGGAGGCGAGGAAAGUACUGGAAACCUUGAUUCCGUCGGAAUAAUAGCAGGAGCUGUUCCCUGUAAUGAGCAUGCACUCUUGGCCCAGCAGACCCCCAAGGGAGAUGCGCCAUCAGUGGGCUCUAAGAUGUGCAGGAAAAAGCGACCUCGGAGAUCACGCGAUGGGCCUACAUCAGUUGCUGAGACCAUCAAGCGGUGGGCUGAGCUCAACAAACAGCUGGAGCAUGGUUCACAGGGUCCAAAGCAGGCAAGGAAGGCACCUGCAAAGGGUUCAAAGAAAGGCUGCAUGAAGGGGAAAGGAGGACCGGAGAAUACACAUUGUGACUUCCGUGGUGUGAGGCAACGAACUUGGGGCAAGUGGGUUGCUGAAAUUCGGGAGCCGAAUCGGCUCAGUAGACUCUGGUUGGGGACCUUCCCGACUGCUGAAGCUGCAGCACGUGCAUAUGAUGAUGCAGCCAGAGCAAUGUAUGGUCCAAUGGCCCGCACUAAUUUCCCCCGGCAGCAUGUCCCUGCUGCUUCUGCUCAGGUUGCACUAGCCACUGUUAAAGGUGUUUUACCUAGUGGCUUAUCAGCAUGCGAGUCUGGAACAUCUACUCAUGUUGCACCUGCAGCUGUUCAAGAUGUUCUACCUAGUGGCUUAUCAGCAUGUGAGUCCACUACAACAUCAAAUAAUCACUCUGACGUUGCCUCUACCUUACAUAAGCCCGAGUUUUCUGAGAUCUCUAGUCCACUGAGAGCUGCACCAGCUGUCCUGGUGGAUGGUUCUCUAUAUGAAGACAAGGUUGGAUCUAUUACCUAUGAUGAGAAUAUUGUCAGCCAGCAGUGUGCCCCUCCUGAAGCCGAGACUAGUAGUGGCAGGGGUGAGGAGGUCUUUGAGCCACUGGAGCCUAUUGCCAGCCUACCAGAGGACCAGGAAGAUUGUUUUGAUAUCGACGAGAUGCUGAAAAUGAUGGAAGAUGACCCGAUGAACAAGGGAUCAUGGCAACCGAAUGGAGAAGGCCUCACCAAUGGAGGUGGAGUUGACCCCAUGGGCAUGGGGGAGAUUGGCCAGGAUGAACCUUUGUACCUUGAAGGUGUUGAUCCAGCCAUGCUGGAAAACAUGCUCAAGUCUUUUGAUUCGGGACCAGCGUGGUUGUCGGAAGAUCCUGCCAUGUUCAUCUCUGGUGGCUUCGAAGAUGCUGAGUUUUUCCAGGGAUUUUAAUUCACCCCGGCGGCUAUGCUAAACUCUUCUUCUGCUGCAUAUCACCUAGUAGCUAUGAGGUGAUGUGAUAGGAAUAUUGGACUGAUUUGGGUUCGCUGGCGGAACUGGACGAACUUUUAGCCAAGGGAAAAGGAAAAACAAGAUCCUUUUGUUUGUAUAGUUCUGUAGGGUUCUCCUUUGAGAACUUGUAGUGUUCCUUAAUUUGAGAACGCUUGUUUGUGUAUAUAUCGAUCUCUUUUGAAGUCGAACAAUUCGAUCUCGAUUGUGUUCC